AUGCCGCGAGACCGGUCGCCCCGCCGGCGCUCCCGGUCCAACGAGCGCGACAGGCGCCGGUCCCCGUCGCGAUCGAGGGAAAAAUACAGGGAUGUAGGAAGGUCGAGGAUGCACAGGCGGGACCGCUCGCGCUCGCCUCGCGACAGAUACCGAGGCAGGUCAAGAUCCCAGGAGCGGGGAGACGGCAGGCGGAGGAGCCAAAGCCCUGGUGGUGGCCGGCCGAGAAAGUCGGCCUUCAGCGAGGCGUCGUCUGCCGCCCAGGCACAAGCCCUCCAGCAGCUUCAGCAGCAGCAGUUGCAGCGCCAGCUCCUGGCUCAGCAGCUGUUGCUGCAACAGCAGGCACUGACUGGCACUAAUGCCAUGAUUGCUAACAAGAAACAGAGGGAGGUGUAUGUAGGGAAUUUGACCAUCGGGGUGGUCACAGCGGACAUGCUGAGAGAGUUGUUUAAUGGAGCGCUCUCCUCUUUGGUCCCAGACCCUGUCACCAACCCCCCCGUUGUGAAUGUUGCCAUGGAUGCGUCAGGGCGGUUUGGCUUUGUUGAGAUGAGAACAGAGGAACUGGCAACGGCAGCCAUGCAGCUGGACAAGGUGGAGCUGUGUGGCCGCCAUAUUAAUGUUGGUCGACCCAAGGGGUAUGUGGAGCCACCCUCCAAUCCAGCUUCGCAGGCAAAGCUGGGCCUGGCACAGAUGUUUGCUGCCACGCUCAACUGUGGUCCAACCACCACUGUUCUGUUGGAGAACAUGAUGCUGGUUGAGGCUGUACGGAAGGAUGCUGCAAGAGUUGAGCUGGUGGAGGAUGUUCGGGAUGAGGCCCGCAAGUGCGGCACCGUCCUGGGGGUUGUUUGCCCCGUCCCACCACCCACAGUGCUGGGUGGGGAUGGCUGUCGCAUAUACGUGAAGUUUCUGACUGUGGAGGAGGCCAAGCGGUGCAAAGAUGUCAUGGAUGGACGGCAGUUUGAUGGCAACAAGAUCAAGGCUGCCUUUGUUCCAGAAGCAGAGUACCAUCGGGCGGAGGCGGGCGAGUGGGUAUCCCAUCAGCAACAACAGGCUGCCCCUGCAAAUGCUGGGAACCCAACUGCUGGAACUGCGGUGCAAAUGGCCCCUCCUUAA